ACAAGGGGGAGAUUACACUGGGGCGAGCACAGUGGCGUUAUAGCAGCAGGUCGUUCCUGUCCCUCAGACAGAGAGCGGUCUGCUGAUGAACAACAACUGACGUCUCUUGUCUCCCGUUUUUCCCUGAAUAAUACAGAUCAGACUGUUCCGGGACCAGAACCACGUCCCAUCACGUAUUACCAACAGAAGCUUCAGUCAAACUUCCAGGACACGUUUCUGGUUACAACAGAGGGGUGGGCAGCAGAUGAGCAGCUUCUGGUUGAUAUCUACACAGAGCUGUACAUCACAGCUGGCCGGGACGUGCACGUCAACACACAGCAUGAGGUCCUACAGAUUGACAAGGUGUGGAAGCCAUCAGACACAGAGACACAGAUCCAACCCAGAGACAUUUUCAAGCAUCCUUCUGGAAAAUACAGACCCAUCAGAACAGUGCUGACCAAUGGGAUUGCAGGGAUUGGAAAAACAUUCCUCGUGCGCAAGUUUGUGUUGGACUGGGCCGAAGAAAGAACCAAUCAAGACGUGCAUCUUAUUUUCCCGUUCACUUUCCGUGCUCUGAAUUCAUUGCAGGGACAAGAGCUUGGUUUGGCAGAGCUCAUUCAUUUCUGUAUCCCAGAAACUAAAGACGUCACAGUGGAGGCUCUGAAUUACAUCUUUACAGCUCUGCAGUCAUCAGGAAACAGCAGCUACAAGAAGAGCAGAUUCAAACUGCUGUUUGUGUUUGAUGGACUGGACGAGAGUCGCCUUCAUCUGGACUUUCAGGUCGACGACAUUCCCUCUGUGGAUGUCACAAAGUCAACUAAAAUCGAAGUCCUGCUGAGGGAACUUAUCAGAGGAAAACUGUUGCACUCAGCUCGCCUCUGGAUAACCACACGACCUGCAGCAGCCAAUCAGAUCCCUCAAAACCUUGUCAACAUCACAACAGAGGUCAGAGGGUUCACCGACCCACAGAAGGAGGAGUACUUCAGGAAGAGAUUCAGAAAGAAGAAGCAGGCCAGAAGCAUCAUCUCCCACAUGAAGAAGUCACGAAGCCUCCACAUCAUGUGCCACAUCCCAGUGUUCUGCUGGAUCACUGCUACAGUUCUGGAGGAGCUGCUGAGAAGCAGAGAGGGAGGAGAUCUGCCCAGAACCCUGACUGAGAUGUAUGUAGAGUUUCUAAGAUUUCAGAUUGAUCACACAAAAGAAAAGUACGGUUCAGAGAAUUGCUUUCAGUACAUAAAGUCAUUAGCUAAACUUGCUUUUGAACAGCUGCAGAAGGGCAACCUGAUCUUCUAUGAGAAAGAUCUGAGAGAAAGUGGCAUCGAUGUGAGUGAAGCCUCAGUGUACUCAGGAGUGUUCACACAGAUCUUCAAAGAAGAGCGAAGACGGAAACAGGAAGACAAGGUGUUCUGCUUCGUCCAUCUGAGCGUUCAUGAGUUUCUGGCUGCUCUUCAUGUCCAUCAGACCUUCAUCAACUCUGGAAUCAGCCUGCUGGAAGAAGAACAAACAACGUCUUGUUGGUCUGAAAUGUUCCAAAGUUAUUCAACAGGUUUCUACCAGAGAGCUGUGGACGAGGCCCUACAGAGUCCAAACGGACACCUGGACUUGUUCCUGCGCUUCCUCCUGGGUCUGUCACUGCCGACCAAUCAGAAUCUCCUAUCAGGCCUGCUGUCAAAGACAGGAAGUAGCUCACAGACCAAUCGGAAAACAGUGGAGUACAUCAAGGAGAAAAUCAGUGAGAAUCUGUCUGCAGAGAGAAGCAUCAAUCUGUUCCACUGUCUGAAUGAACUGAAGGAUGUUUCUCUAGUGGAGGAGAUCCAACAGUCCCUGAGCUCAGGACGUCUGUCCACAGAUGAACUGUCUCCUGCUCAGUGGUCAGCUCUGGGCUUCAUCUUACUGUCAUCAGAAGAACAUCUGGACGUGUUUGACCUGAAGAAAUACUCUGCUUCUGAGGAGGUUCUUCUGAGGCUGCUGCCAGUGGUCAAAGCCUCCAAGAAAGUUGUACUGAGUGGCUGUAAUCUGUCAGAGAGAAGCUGUGGAGCUCUGUCCUCAGUCCUCAGCUCCCAGUCCUCCAGUGUGACAGAGCUGGACCUGAGUAACAACAACCUGCAGGAUUCAGGAGUGGAGAGUCUGUCUGCUGGACUGGAGAGUCCACACUGUAAACUGGAAGCUCUCAGGCUGUCAGGCUGUCUGGUCACAGAGGAAGGCUGUGCUUCUCUGGCCUCAGCUCUGAGCUUGAAGACCUCAAAUCUGAGAGAGCUGGACCUGAGCUACAACCAUCCAGGAGACUCAGGAGAGAAGAUGCUGAGAGCUAAAGUGGAGGAUCCACACUGUAGACUGGAAACUCUGAGGUACAGACAGACAGACACUCUGAGGUACAGACAGACAGACACUCUGAGGUACAGACAGACAGACACUCUGAGGUACAGACAGACAGACACUCUGAGGUACAGACAGACAGACACUCUGAGGUACAGACAGACAGACACUCUGAGGUACAGACAGACAGGAACCUUUUAGCCUAGCUCAGUGCUUCUUAAAUAGUGGCGCCCCCUGGAGGCAGUGAACACACCACAGAGCAGGAGAUCUGAAAUACUACAAACACACACAAGACACAACGGAAAAAUAUUUAACAGGAAUGAGAAGAAAGGCAGAGAGAGAGACGGAGAUAAUGAGACAAACAAAAAUCUCCUGAAAGCUCAGAUGAGGAAAUGUGAUGAAGAAUCUGUAGCUCUGAGCUUCACUGUGACUACGGUGGGAGACGAGGACAGACCGCUAUGUUUACUGAGUCUAAAAAUGUUGGUAGUGGACAGCAUGAAGCCAAAUAAAUGAAGGCAUCACUUCAACACAUUACACUCCAACCACGCUGAUCAGCCGCUGGAGUUUUUUCACUGAAAACCUGCUGAAUGUUGCCAACAAACAUGGGCUUCAUGAAUGCUACGUGGCUAAAGCAGAGAGCGCUGUUAGCAUGAUAUAAGGAGGCGUAGCAAAGUGGUGGGUGUAAAAAGUCCUCACCAUAGCAGAGGAUCUGAUACUCCCUGCAGCAUUAGACAUGAUCUGUGUCCUGCUGGAAGACACACAAAUAAAAAGUGUCCCUCUGUCCAAUGACUCUGUGUCCAGACGUACAAAUGACAUGGCUAACCAUGUUCAGGAACAGCUGGUAGAUCACGUCAAAGACAAACGUUGUGCCUUUCAGUUCCAUGAAGCCUGACAGCAACAGAGACUGCUUUUUUGUGGCUUCUGUACGUUUGGACACGACAGACUCCCUGUGUGAGGAUCUAGUUUUUAGUAAAUAUGUCAGAGACAGCCACAGCUGAAGAGAUGUUCUAAAUCCUGGACUGCUUCCUGACUGAGAAUGGGCUACAGUGGGAGAAGUGGUGUUUGCAGUGAUGGUGCACAGACCAUGGCAGGGAGGAGAAAAGGGCUUGAGGAAGUCAUCCAGAAGAGCUCACCUACUGCUGAGUGGACACACUGUGGUCCACAGAGAAGCUCUGGCAUUAAGGCAGCUUUCCUCUGGAUGAAGGGAGCUUCUGACUGGAGUCAGUUUUCUAAAGAGCAGAGCACUAAAACUGGAGUCUUCUCUGCUCCCUGUGAGGAGAUGGGAGCUGAACAUCAAGCUGUGCUGUUUGACUCUGAACCAAGGUGGCUGUCACCAGGGAAAGUCUAGUCCAGAGUUUCUGAGCUCAGAGAGGAGAUCAGAAUGUUUGUGGAGCAGGAAGACAAGAAGAAGUGUGAGAAAAAUGUAGUGAUGAAAAGUUCCAGGUGAAAGUGGCCGACCUGAGGGACACACUUGGAUGCUAAAUGAAGUAAAUGUGCAGCUUGAAGGGAAAGAUAAAGUCCUCCCUCAGGUCACAGACUAGAUGAGCUGUUUAGUGGAAAGCUAGCGAUGUGGGGCAGCCACUGGAUGGAGGAGAUACUGACUGAUUGGAGAACCUGCAGGAAUUUGUAGAAAGCAGUGGCUAUGAUGCCACCUCAGUGAUUCCAUGUAUGAAGCAGCUUAUUUCAUGACUGAUGGAUUCUUUAAGAAGGAGUUCCCUGAAAACAGUUCCCAGUAUGAGUGGCUGAGAGAUCCUUCCAGUGCUCCCACUGGUUCCAGCUCUGCAGAGGAGGAGCAGCUCAUCAACGUGACGUCUGAGGUUCACAUCUCAGACUCUGAGUGAAUUGUGUGUGAGUGCAGAGAGGCAGAAUCCACUCUGAGGGCUGUGGACGUUCUUCUGCUGAUCUUUGUGAGAGCGGCUUCGCUGCUGCUGGAGACCAGGUCCAGAUCCUCCUAAACACUGAGCAGGAGCUGAGAGUUGCAGCGUCACGCUUCAAACACGCUUUGAAAAGUUGUUGGUUAAAAAGGAGCUCAUUGUAGCCGUUAAUCCUGACUUCAUCAUUCUGAUUAAAAAUCAGCUCAAUCAGUGGAAGUGUUUCUAUGUUGAGCUCCUGAGGGAAAGAUGCUGAUCACUUUGAUUGAUAAUUUAUUGAUUUUAUUUCAGGUUAUUUUUCACCAUCAAAUGGAUCAAUUAGUCGGUUAAAAUGUUUAGAGUUUCCAGAAGGAUUAAAUUUGUUGACUUUAAGGCUAAUUGAUGCAUUUUAAACUAAAAAAGGUUCAUAAAGUUGUUCUUUGUUGGAAGUGGAUCUAGAUUUCUUUCUUUUUAGUUUUCCUUCAUGUACAGAGGUGGACUUGUAAUAAUUUCUAGACUAAUGAUGCUAUUUCUAGCGGUGGUGGAGGGUAGGGGGCGCUAAAUGUUUCCUUCUUCCUGAGGGGCUGAACAGAAAACACCUGAGAAUCAGUGGAAGAGAGAAACACCAAGGAUGGAGCAGAAGAACAGUUAGCUCAGCUACACACCAUGACUAGCCUAGCUUAGCAUUAAUACUGAGAGCAGAGGGAAACUGUUAGCCUAGCUUAACUCAAAGACAGGAAGCAGGAUAAACUGUUAAUUUUUUUUGUUUGUUUUUUUAAUUUAUUUCAAAAAGUCACAGGUAACAUCCAACAUCAACAUGAUAUUGAAACAAACAGUGACAGAGUUAACAAAAAUCACUUUGAAGGAAGAAAGGAAGAGAAGAAAGAAAAGAAACAA